GCGAAAAGCCUUGCCUUGUGUCUGUGUCAAUGGGAGGGAAGAGCGUGGGAGAGAUUUGUUCGAGCUCUAGUCUCGUACGGUGUAAGCGGUAGGAGGAGGAGGAGGAAGAAGAAGGGGAAGGGGGGCAAGGCACUGAGAACAGGAGGAGAGAGAAAGGCAGCUGCAUUGGUCAACAAAUGCCGGGAACCCCUUAGACACCAGAAGGAGAGUGAGCCCAGGAAUCGGAUUUAAAACACAAGGGAGACACAGCGAGAGGGUGAAGAGGCAAAAACAAAAGGAGCGGAAGAUUUUAUAUUAAAUUUUGGGGGGUGGCUGCACUUCACCCCCCCCCCCCCUCGCCUGCUUACUACCACCCCCAGAUUGAUUUCUGACUGUAAAUUCUGCAGGGUCCCAAGUGUCUGCCCCCGCCCCUCCGCUUUACCGAGGGGAAAAUAAAGUGACUGUGGCCGGACCAUGAGGGAGUAUAAAGUGGUGGUGCUGGGCAGCGGAGGAGUAGGCAAGUCAGCCCUGACCGUGCAGUUUGUCACCGGCUCCUUCAUCGAGAAAUACGACCCGACCAUCGAGGACUUCUACAGGAAGGAGAUCGAGGUGGACUCGUCGCCCUCGGUGCUGGAGAUCCUGGACACGGCAGGCACCGAGCAGUUCGCCUCCAUGCGAGACCUGUACAUCAAGAAUGGCCAGGGCUUCAUCCUGGUCUACAGCCUGGUCAACCAGCAGUCUUUCCAGGACAUCCGACCCAUGCGGGACCAGAUCAUCCGGGUGAAGCGCUACGAGAGAGUGCCCAUGCUGCUGGUGGGCAACAAAGUGGACCUGGAAGGGGAGCGGGAGGUCUCCUUCGGCGAGGGUAAAGCUCUGGCCGACGAGUGGAGCUGCCCUUUCAUGGAGACCUCGGCCAAAAAUAAAACCUCCGUGGACGAACUGUUUGCAGAGAUCGUCAGGCAAAUGAACUAUGUGGCUCAGCCCAAUGGGGAUGAUCAUUGUUGCUCGUCCUGUGUUGUUCUGUGAUAGAUUUCUAUAUAAAUAUAUAUUACACGUUAUUAAAAAAGGCACAGAGUUUCUAUGCAAAGUUGGAAAUAUGGAUAUUUGAGAUCCCAUCUCUUGUGGCACCAACCUAAACUUUGGAGACAUUGUAACAGAUGCCACACUAUUUGAAUCCAAGCUCCAUCUUACUGCUGUUUUAUUCAUGGGGUGUUCGGGGAUUGUGGGGAAAGCAAAGUACAUCUAUUUUUUGUUGAACUGCUGUGACUUAAUUUUUGCCUCCCCUUCCCCUUUUUCUAGUCCCUGUCUACCGCACCCUCUAACCUCUUCCCCUUCUUCCCCCCACCCCCCAUUGAAAGAAAAGGGGAAAGGUAGGGCAAAUAUAUUUAACAUAGUGCGACAAUGGUUAUUUUUUUGAACUGUGUGCUGUGAAUGUGACAACCAUGGACUUGUACAAACAAGGAAGGGGAGUGAAUAAAAAUGAAUGGACAUCUAGUCAGCCCAGGAGGGUGCAGAUAAUUACUGUGCUGUGGCCCAAAAAACUGGCUGAUCACAGGCUGCCAAUCACCCUUGUGUCUAGUGCCUUUGAGAUUCCACUGUCGAUGCAGUAUGUGCCAAUCUGUGAAAGCCUCCAUGCCAUCCCAUGAGCUGCCUGCGCACAAAAGUACUUCAACUUUCCUUCGAGUGAUCCCAAUUAAAGCAUAGUGAGACCGAAAUGAGCCUCUCUGAUGGAAUCUACACAGAAUUCCCCCCCCCCCCCACCCCCGCCAAUGUUUUCCUGGCUUUGCCUACAUCACAGGUUAUUAGGAAAGCUAGCUUUCCUUUUUUUUGUUUUUGUCAAUUUCUCCUCUGCCCUUGUUUCCAAAAGAACAGUAUCAUCCCUCCCUUUGUGAUUCCGUGUAUUAAUCUAAUCUCUCACUUUUUUUUUCUCCAGGCCAACACUGACCAAGAUGGGAGGGCAACUGGGAAGGAGGGAGGGAAGGAAGGAAGGAAGGGGGGGGGUGGGGGGGGACAUCUUAGUCUGGCAUACCAAGGAAUUCUAACAUCCUCUGUAUGUUACAAAUCCAGACAUGCAUUUAACAGCUGUGUCUGUUCUGAGACUUUUAAUACAAAGUGCAUUUUUAUAUAAAAGAAACAAAACUAUAUUGAGCGUUGGAUGUUUUAUUGUAUGUGUCGACAAUUCAGAUAUUUUAACUUGAGAGAAACGUGCGAACCCAUUCUCAAUCUGUAUGUCAUUUAUUGUUUUAUACACUGCAUAUAAUUUUUUCCUGAGUGGGAACAAAAGCAGUGAGUUUUCUGGCCACUUUGAAAGCAGGACUGUGAAUCAUUUGAAGGAAUAGGAUAAUUUUGCAUUGCUGUAGUGUCUUUUUUUUUUGGGUGAGGGUGACCAGACCAUAAAUGUGAAUGUGUACAAAAUGCUCAAUGAUAUGCAUUGGUUUGAUGUUAGUAAAUUGGUACAUACUUGGGCACUAACGAGGUAUAAAGGGGAAGAGAUAAAGAAUAGGAUUGGCGAGGCCUUACAACACAAUUGUGAGAAUGUGAUGCGUCUUGCUGUUAUUUUUACAUAUAACUAAUCUUGUGUUGCUGUAAUGUAUUCUGUUUCGCGGCCAGCAUUUAUUACCCAGCCUUUUGGACAAUAUUAACCUAAGCUGGUGCUCUUGAUAAUAGUGCAAGUACAUUCUGUUGUGUAGUGCUGUUAUGUUGAGAGUUCCAUGAGCUGGUGACAGUGACAAAACCGACUGUUUUGUCCAAUUUGAAGCUGGCAGCAUUUCCACGUGCCUGUCUCCCUUGUCCUUCCAGGGGACAGAGGUCACAGAUUUGAAAGGCAUUGCUGGCGAAACCUUGGCACACUGCAGGGUGGUGCCAGCUAACAUGUUUUGGGCAGUAUUGGUUGUUGUUGAUGAAAGUGGGAAGUUUGGGGUUGGGGACGUCGCAAACUACAUGCUUUCUGAUUUGUCUUGAAGCUUUACUAGUGGCCAUCAUAGGUAAGAGUCAAGCAUCAGAUAUGAAAAGAUUAAACGCAAUGUGGGUUGAGCUGCCUGAAGAUGAAUUGUGUUAAAAUGAUUUAUUUAUUUUAAGACCUGUUCUGCAUUGCUUUGUGGGCCCGUUGCCACCAUGUGUUCUGUCGAAGUUAGAAUUGCAUUUCCGUUUCUCUAGCUCCAUUUCCUGCAAUGCCUUGUAUGCAGCAAUCCACACAGUAGCUUGGGCAAGCCCAGGCAAAACAUAGUCACUUAAGAUAGGGAGAGUCAAAUAACUGGCAGUCACGAUUGAAUUGCAGCCUCUAGAUUUCUGACGCGAUGUGUUGAAUCCAUAAGUCUUGGUGAGCUUUGACUGAGACUCUGUCAGGUCCUAUGUAACAGUGACUAGGAAAUUGCUGUAUUUGCAUAAAUAAUAAUUGUGGUUAAAAAAAAUGCAUCUUUAGACUUGACUUUUGAGGUGAUAAAACAUAUAUUCCAUGACAGUGCAAAGGAAUGCCACGAGAACAAAUCGCUUAGGCCAGAUAACUAAAAAAAGUGGUGAGAGAAGUACGUUUCAAGUAGUGCCUUUAAAGUAGGAGAGGGAGGAAAGGUUUAUGGAUGGAGUUCUGAAGCUUGGGGCUUUGGCAUCUGGAGGCGUAGUGGGAAAGGAUGUUUGGAAUGUGUGGGGCACCAGAAUUGGAGCAGUGCUACAUCAGGCUGGUUGGAGGGGCUGAAUGAGAUUGUUGUGUGAUCAGGCUAGUGUUGGAGGUAUUGUUGAACCACAGGUCUAGGUAGAUGAGUGAAGACAAGGAUGAUUGAUGAAUAGAACUUGGUGUGACACUAAAGCAGCAGAGAUUGAAAAGUUGGGAACCUUUUUUGGGAGGGACAGUACUGGUCAUUUGCAGUGGGCAUCAGAGACUUGUUCAUUCCUCUUUUGAAAGUUUCCAUUGAGAAAAUGCUUGGAACUGUCCAGCGUUAUCUGUUUACCAGCAGUUAGACUUGACAUCAGUUUGCCAGUUGUGUUCCUCUUGGAAAACCAACCUGUCAGUAUCUGAGGUGCUGGAAUCUCCUUACAAUCUGCCUCAGUGCUAAUUAAAAGUAGAGUUGCAGUCUGUUUACUUUCAUUUUGACAACUUCUUCUCAAUGGAAUUUUUAUUUCGAGGGGAAAAACAUAUUCGUAGGUGUUGAAAUGGUUGACUAGCAUGGUUGCAAGAGUAGUUUAUUUUAGAAAUGAAUUGUGGAAAAACACUUUAUUUGCAUGACUUUGGGCAUCCCGAAGUACUUUGUAGCUGAAGAAAAGCUUUUUUUGUUUAAAAGGGAGUUCACUGUUUGUAAUAUAAAUGCUGCAAACAGUUUGCAUACAGGAAACUCUCACUAGUGCCCUAGAAUGAUAAUCAGUAUCUGUUUAUAUGGUAUUGAUUUGAGGUGGUGUGUGCUGGCCAGAGAUCCCCUUCUGUAAGAAUGGUGCCUUUUUUAAUGUCCUUUUUGAAAGGGAAGUUGGACUUCAUCUUCUCACCUCAAGCUGACAGUACCUCUGACAGAACAGCACUCCCAGAGUACCGCACUGGAACAUCAGCCUAGAUUUUGUACUCAGCUGAAAUGAGGCUUGAAACUACAAUAUAAUAAAAUGUGAGGCUGGAUGAACACAGCAGGCCCAGCAGCAUCUCAGGAGCACAAAAGCUGACGUUUCGGGCCUAGACCCUUCAUCAGACAAGGGUUUAGAUUUUGAUUAUUUAUUGGUCAUUUAAGAGUCAAUCACGUCUAUACUGCACUCUGGGCAGUUAAGGAAAGGCAAUAAAUUCUGACCUCGUCAGUGACAACCACCCUGAAUGAAUUAGAAGUACCUCCUGUAAUCACAUUGUGAUAGUAUUGUGCUUUUUCAAGUUUGGAUGCUAAUAAUUUACAAUUUAUUUACACUUAAUUAAGUGUGAAAAAAGAUGAUCAGUUGGCAUCGUGUUCAUAAUUGUUAGGUUCCUCUGAAGGCUUGCUGAACUUUUUUCAAAACCAGCUUUACAGCUUUAUGAGAGCUCUGUCUGAUGCAAGGUGCCCUGACUGUUCUCCAGUAGCUGACCCUUGAAGUAGCAGGUUUGCACUUCAUUCAUUUAAUUGUGAGGUGACUUCACAAUUGAGAUUUUUGAUUUAGGUUUUAUUGUCCUGUCUACUCAAGUAUGGGAGUACAGUGAAAAGCGCCAUCUUAGGUACAAGGAUAGGUAAUAAAAAAAAACUUAGGUGGGGAAAUAAAAAGAUUAAAGAAAUAAGCUUAAGCUCAUCAUUAUGGUUCUUUGAAGUUUUAGAAGUUAAACAUUACAGUCCUUCCUUGAACCAUAGACCGGCUGUCCCACUGGUACAUGAGCAAUUUGCAGUAGGGCUGACUGGUAGCAAAUAAGAGCCAAAAGAACUGAGGAUGCUAUAGAUCAGGAACAAAAGCAGAAGUUGCUGGAAAAACUCAGCAAGUUUGGCAACAUCUGUGAAGGGGGGAAAAAACAUCGAGUUAAUGUUUGGGGUUUGGGGUCUGGUGAGAAAGGGCCACCAGACCCAGACUGGGUAGCUUUCAGGAACAAGGGGCCUGCAGCUUGUUGAUGUUUUGACCAUGUUUCCAGCACAGCAUUGUAGACACUAGUCAUGGCAUUCCUCCAACUGACCAGGAACACUUGGCUAAUAACUUUAACCAAAAAGUUAGGACUUUGCAUCAGUAGAAGUUGAGGAGUCUCAGUUUAGGACCAGACUUUGUGAGCGCCAGAAGGCAUAGAGUGGCCAGAGAAACUGUUUAAUCUUUGGGAGUUGUUUUGGCUGUUUGGAAAGCUCCAUACCACUAUUCAAAUUCUAAUCCCUCAAUAUUUCCGAACAUUGUUUUGUAUUUGUUAUGGGACUGUGACGUCGUGGGUUUGUCCACCUUUUACUGUCCUGGGGAAGGUCGUGUUUAUCUGCCUCUUUAAGACACUUCACAGUGGGCAGGUACACCCCAAAAUGCAGUUUAUGUAUCUAUGCAAUUCUUCUUAAGUUGAAUCUGCUGGCAUUGGCCCUCUCAGCAUUACAAUCCAGAAAAUAACCAAUAAAGCUAAUAGAAUGUUGCUGUUUAUAUCUUAGAGGACUGCAGUACAAGAAUGCAGAAGUGGUACAAGAAUGCAGAAGUAAUGUUAAAUAGACAGCCUGAUUUAGACCCCACUUGGAGUACUAUGAGCAAAUCUGGGUACCACAUGAGGAAGGAUAUAUUGGCCUAGGAGGGAUACAACAUAGCUUUAUGAGAAUGAUAAGUAGAAUAUUUUUCAUUUAUUAUUGUCACGUGCCUAGGUACUGUGAGACCAUGCCAUACAAAUUAUAUUUGAGUGACAGAACAGAGUGAGAAAUACCAUGUUACAGCUGCAUAGAAGACGCACAAAGACAGAGGUCAGCAUUAAAUUUGAAAUGAGUUGCAUUCAAAUGUCUAAUAACAGCAGGGAAGGAGCUGUAGCUGAAUCUAUUGGUACAUGUGUUUAAGCUUUUGUAUCUUCUGCCCGACGGAAGAGGGGAAAAUGAGUGGGAGGGGUCUUUGGUAAUGUUAGCUGACUUUGAGGCAGUGGGAAGUAUAGAUGAAGUCAGUAGAUGGCAGGUUGGCUUGUGUGAUGAAUACAGCUCAGUUCACAACUCUGCAAUUUCUCCUGGUCCUGUGCAGAUCAGUUGCAAUAGCAAGCUGUGGUGCAUCUGGACAGAAUGCUUUCUGUGGUGCAUCUGUUUUAAAAAUUGGUAAGAGUAAUUGUGGAUAUGCCAAAUUUCCGUAGUCUCCUGAGGAAGUGGAGGCAUUGUGCUUUCUUGACCAUUGCAUCACCGUCGGUGGAUCGGGACAGAUUGAUGUCUGUCAGUCCUAGGAAUCUUAUGCUCCUGACCCCCUCCACUGAUGCAGAUCAUUUAAUAGUCGUCCAUACAAUGUGGAACAGGCCAUUUGGCCUGACCAGUCCGCACUAGUCCGCUUAAAGACAAUCCCACUCCAGACCCAUCCCCCUGCAUUCUCCAUGGCUAACACACUUAACCCAUGUAUCUCUGAACACCAUAUACAAUUUAGCAUGGCCAGCCCACUUAACACUCACAUCUUUGGGUUGGGGGAGGAAACCAGAGCACCCAGCAGAAACCCCCACAAGCAUGGGAGAAUGUGCAAACUCCACACACAGUUAGUGAGAGUAGAAUUGAACCCAAGUUCCUGUCACUGAUGUAGCAGUGCUAACCACUGAGCUACCAUGCGUCAAGUUAGGAGGAGAGACUGUAAAAUUAGGCCUGUAUUUUCUACAAUUUAGAAAGAUAAGGUGUGAUCUGAUCAAAAUAUCUUGAAGAUUGGCAGGAAAAAUGAUAAAUAAGGAAUUAUUUCCACUGGGGAUUUUAGAAGUAUGGGAUAAAGUCUGAGAAUUAGGGCCAUGCUGUUCAGGACAGAUGUGAGGUAACAGUUUUACACACAACACCAGAUGCAGUGUCAGUUAUUAAUUUUAAAUCUUGAGAAAUUUUUGUGAGGCUAAGGUAUUAAGACACAUGGGCCAGAGGAAGGAAUAUGGAGUUAGGCCAUGGAUCAGCCACGAUCUCAUUGUAUGAUGAAAUAGGCUUAAGGGGCUGAAUGGCCUACCUGUGUACCUAUGUUCCUAGAGCAUUGUAAUGCAAUGCUUGAAACCAAUUUCGUGAUGGUUGAGAAUGAUCUUAGAUUCUCUAUUUUUUCCACCUUCCAGUGAAACUUAGUUUCUCUUUAUCAAUGGUGUUGAAAGAUUAAAUAAUUUUGAGCACCACUGUUCAAUCUCCCCUCCACUCUAAGGAGGUCAAUCUCCUCUUGCAGCCUCUUUAAGCUAUUAAGAUAUAACUGAGGAAAGUGUUAAUGUGCGCAGACAUAGGAUGAGGGCAGGAGUGGGUUUGAUAAUGAUGCUUUCUGUCUGAAAGGAUUGGGAAAGCAAAUGUCUGUUUAUGCGGUUAAUAAAGGUGGAAGUCUGCUGUAAGGACAAAGCUGGAGAUGUGCAGCAGGUCUGGCUACAUGUGUGGAUAUGGAAUUAAAAGGUACAAAUGCAUGACUCUGAAUUCAAAGCAUCGUUGUACUGGACUUGGUCUUAACUCCCUCCACACCUGCUGCCAGACCUGAGGUUUUAGGCAUCACCAUUGAGUAGCUCGAGACAUCCUGAAGCAGUGUAUGGUUAAUCAGAUAUCUCUGACAUGUAUUUGCCGUGAAUUUGCACUAUUACAGUUUCAACCAGAUGAGUCUUUUUAAGGAUAGUUGGAACUACCAAUUCUGCAGACUCUGAGAUUACAAAGGAUGGAGCGGGAUGA